AUGUUGUCAUUCAAUGUUUCAGAAUCAGAUAUUUUGGACUCUACAUCAUCAUCAAAAUCGAUUGAAAUAGCUGAUAUUCCCUCAAAUGAUACAACAACAUCAACAAUAUCAACUUCAACCGAUACAACUUCAACAAGUUCAAAGACAACAACAGUUCCCAUUACUCCAUCAACGAAUAUUCCGACUACUGUGAAUCCUAAAACUACACAAUCCCCAGAGCCGAACCAUCAUUCAAGCCAUUGGUCUACAACGUCCUUCAUAGGAGGAAUAAUUUUUACAUUAGGACUCGUAGCAAUUGUUUUCAUCGCUUGGAAAUUUUAUAAGUCUCGAAAUGAAAGAAAUUAUCAUACUUUAUAAAAUGAGAAAGACAGCUUACUUUUGUGUGUAUGAAUAUUUGAAUACUUGCGAGUAGGAGAGUAAAAAAUCGCAUUAGUUAUAGCUAAAUAAUUCUAAGAUAAAUAAAUACUUCAUCCAAUAAAAUUUAAGAUUACCAAAGCAAUCAACAAAAAUAUAUCAUUACCCUUUCUCAUUCAAAUAAACCAAAUUGAACAUAUUACAAAAAAUAUUCCCUUAUAGACUAAAUUAUUCUUUUACAUUAGCAAAUUUACCAGCUACACACGAUUGCAUUACUU